GAUUAAUCUAUCAUCCUACCUACAGUAGGUAUACAACUACGAGACAUAUAUGUUCUUCAAAAAUACUAGACAAUUACAAGGAUAAUUACUUUGUAUGGCACAUAUAUAUUGAUGUACUUACGAUGAUACCUCAUCGGCUAAUACCUAGCUCUACCGUCAUACCGGAUAUAAGCGUAGAGCUACUUAGACUGACGCAAUAGCUUAGGGACGGGACGGCUCAGGUUUGGUAGUCAAUUGUGGGGUACGUAUCUCCAAUCAUACUGUAAACAGACACCAACAAAAGGGAUACGUCUAGAUAGGUGCCCGCGAUAUUGAGCAUACUGAAAUCUCUUGCAACUCUUUUUUCAUAGAAAUAUCUUUAAAAUCGGCUACCAGUUUCGAAAAUGACAUCCCAAAAUAACACCAUACCAAAAGCAGCGGAAGAAGGGUUCAAAGAUGCUGCUUCAUACGACGCAUACCGUCCUUCCUACCCACCAGAAGCCCUUGAAAAAUUCCUAUCGAAUCUGAAGAUUGCAGGCCAACCUUCUGCUAAAAUCGUGGAGAUUGCCUCGGGCACUGGCAAAUUCACAGAACUUGUGGCCCAGCGACCUGAAGGAUUUGUCGUGAAGGCGAUCGAACCCCACCACACUAUGAGGGAGAAGCUUGUGCAAAAAGAUUUACCCGGUGUCGAAGUGAUCGAUGGAAAGGCUGAUAAGAUGCCUGUUGAUGAUGAAUGGGGCGAUGCUUGUAUUGCCGCCCAAGCAUUCCAUUGGUUCGCUACGCCCGAGGCAUUGAAAGAGAUUCAUCGCGUGUUAAGACCAGGUGCUGUGUUUGGAGCCAUAUGGAAUAUCGAGGACUACAAUAAACCUCAGAGUUGGCCAUCAACUACAAAGUGGGAGCAAAAGCUAAAUGACUUUGUCUACUCACUGGAUGAUGGUCUUCCUCGAUUCAGACACCAGAAAUGGAAAAACGUAUUCGAGCAACAAUUACCCACCACCCCACUUCAGGCCCUUAAAGAUACGUUCACCGACAGCUUGCCUAAAUUCAGUCUUCCUCGUGGAGAAGAUAGCGUUAAAUGGACAGUUUGGUUGAGCGAAGAGGAACUGUCGUUACGACUCAACACUUUGAGCCAAAUUGCCGUGCUCAAGGGUGACGAACGAGAAGCCUGGAAUAAGCUUUUUAAAGAAGUUCUUGAGGGGGAUGACGUUGAAAAGAAUGAGAAGGGUCAAUUUGCGGUACAUGGCAUCACAUUCUUCAUGUGGACGGAUCGACUGUAGAAGAGCCUUCAUGUCACAAAGAUGCCCAGCGACAGAGACAAAAUGCUGCUCUUGAUCAGAUUUAAGGGUAAAGGAAUUCGUAGUCAUCAUGAUGCUAAACUUCUCCCAUAUCCAUGAGUAUGUAUCAAACGGAAACGCAUACCUCGCCUGAUACUUGUAGCCUCCGAAUGAGAAGUGCAAGGCGUAAAAUACGACCGUGGACGGACAGUGUGAUAUGCCCUCUCGGAAUCCCUGAUGUCUUAAGUGGUAUUCUUAAAGACGGCCCCAAUGAGUAAAUACUGAGAGUCAUCCAUCAUGAGUCGGCUGAGAUGUACAUGACUUGAGCAAGGAUUUGUUAGUAUGCAUAGUAGUAAAUCGAAAUAAUCAUUCGUUUUCAUGAAUUAAGAGCACUUACCAUUGUUGCCUCUGACAAAGGCA